AUGAGAGAAAUCGUUCAUAUGCAAACUGGUCAAUGUGGUAACCAGAUCGGAGCUAAGUUCUGGGAAGUGAUCUCUGAUGAACAUGGUAUUGACCCAACUGGAACUUACCACGGUGAUUCUGAUCUUCAGUUGGAGAGAAUCAACGUUUAUUAUAAUGAAGCUACCGGUGGUAAAUAUGUACCCAGAGCUGUUCUCGUCGACUUGGAACCUGGCACCAUGGAUUCUGUAAGAUCAGGACCUUUUGGCCAGAUCUUCCGUCCAGAUAACUUUGUCUUCGGACAAUCCGGCGCCGGAAAUAACUGGGCUAAAGGUCAUUAUACAGAAGGUGCUGAAUUGGUAGAUUCAGUUCUUGAUGUUGUCCGUAAAGAAGCUGAAAGUUGUGAUUGUCUGCAAGGAUUCCAGUUGACCCAUUCUCUUGGUGGUGGAACUGGUUCUGGUAUGGGAACUCUCCUCAUCAGUAAAAUCCGAGAAGAAUAUCCAGAUAGAAUCAUGAACACCUUCUCUAUUUGUCCUUCGCCAAAGGUAAGUUAUUAA